CUCUCACUCUCACUCGCUCACUGCUCACUCUCACUCGCUCACUGCUCACUCCUUUCAUUUUCUUCAAAUGGCGUCGGCGAAGAGCAAGAUCUUGUUCAUCGGCGGAACAGGGUACAUCGGCAAAUUCGUCGUUGAGGCGAGCGCCAAGGCCGGACACGAGACCUUCGUUUUGGUGCGUGAAGCCACCCUCUCCAACCCGGACAAGGCCAAGAUCAUCGACGGCUUCAAAUCUCUGGGCGUUAAAAUCGUCCACGGCGAUCUCUACGACCACCAGAGUCUGGUCAGCGCGAUUAAGCCGGUCGACGUUGUAAUUUCGACGGUCGGCCAUGCUCAGUUAGCCGAUCAGGUUAAUAUCAUUGCCGCCAUUAAAGAAGCCGGCAACGUCAAGAGGUUCUUCCCUUCUGAGUUUGGGAACGACGUGGAUCGAGUGAAUGCCGUAGAACCAGCCAAAUCGGCGUUUGAGAUUAAGGCUAAGAUUCGGCGAGCUACCGAGGCGGAGGGAAUACCGUACACUUAUGUGUCGUCAAACUAUUUCGCUGGUUAUUUUCUUCCCAAUCUUGCCCAGGCUGGUGCCUCUGCUCCUCCAAGAGAAAAAGUUGUGAUCUUGGGAGAUGGAAACCCCAAAGCAAUUUUUAACAAGGAAGACGACAUAGGAAGUUACACGAUUAGAGCAGUGGAUGACCCAAGAACCUUGAACAAAAUCCUCUACCUCAGGCCACCAGCUAACAUCUACUCGUUUAAUGAGCUCGUGGCUUUAUGGGAGAAAAAGAUUGGUAAAACCCUUGAAAAGGAGUAUGUUCCAGAGGACAAACUUCUCAAGACUAUCCAAGAGUCGCCAAUUCCAAUCAAUGUCAUACUAUCAAUCAACCACUCUGUUUUUGUGAAAGGAGAUCAUACAAACUUUGAGAUUGAGCCCUCGUUUGGGGUGGAAGCUUCACAGCUUUAUCCCGAUGUGAAAUACACCACUGUGGAUGAGUAUCUGAAUCAGUUUGUCUGAGGUUCGAGCCUCUCGUCAUGUUUCUCAGUUCUGUCUUGACUAUCAGCUAAUAAGUCACAAUGACGUUUUGUGUGAGGGAAGAGAAAAGAAAAGCGUGAGCAUCCCUAAGUAAUGCAAAUAUUAUCAUCUUGUAUUUAAGUUGAUUGAACUCUGUGUUAGACUUUAAAUAUUAAAAUAUGACUAUAUCAUAUUGCCUUA